UGCCCAGAGCCUUUCUGGGCCAAGCCCUGAGGACUUGGCCACACCACCAGCGCUGACACUGAGGGACUCUCAUGCCAGGGCCUUGUGAGGCUGUGGAAGUGGCCUAAGGCUAGAGUACUGGGGGUGGACCAAGGCGACCCCACCCCCACCCCAACUCAGCAGCCCUGGCUUCUCCGAAACCCUUCUCCUUUGUCCCAGCUCUGGGGCAGUCCCAAGGAUGUAGCCAGAGAAGGGGAAGGUGUCUCUCUGGUCACUAUAGGGCUCUGGGCAGGGAACUCGAAAACCAUGCAGUAUCUGCUGCCCGAGUGGGGCAUGGUGCUUUACAGGGAUCACCUCUCCGUCACUGGAAACCUGCAAGGUAGGGCUACUUUGUAGCUGAGGAAACUGAGGUCCCAGUCGUCUCGGCAGGCUGCACCAGCAGCGGCCAGUCUGGGACUCCCUCUCCUUCGGCAGUCCCCGGGAGCACCCCAGGCAGCGUAGGCUUUUCUUUACUUCCGCAGGGCAGGUGAAUGACCGGCGGUGGGUCGCCCCUCAAGAAAGGGGCAAUGUGGAGGAUGAAACCUUCCUUCUUAACACCCCAUUUGCGGCCUUGAGACACCGGGCUGGCUUUGGGGGAUUCAAUCCCGGGGUCCACUCUGAAGGGGGGGCGGCAGGUGCUCAGAAGAACUCCUCACCUGCGCUCUGGAGAGAGAUGUGCCCAUCCCCAGAGAGAAGGGUGAGAUGGCCACAGGAGCUGGCAGGCUGGGAGAAUGCGGAGCGAAAGGAGUAACUGCGGGCCGGGGCGCCCGGCUUUCCAGGACUGCCUUGCUCCCGGCGAGCUGGUGUGGGGGUGGAGUAGGAGCGGACGCGGCGUGCCCGCGGUCGCCCCGGGGCGGCGGCGCCCGGCCGGAGGGGGUGGGGAGCAGCAGCCGCCCUGUACUUCCCCUUCGCCGCUAGCUCUACAACAGCCUGAUUUCCCCGAAGUGAUGAGGCGGUGCCGGCCAAUAGGCGGCCUCGCGGCUCUUUGGGGGGCGGGGCCGGGCCCGGGCUGGGGGAAUCCCGCUAAGUGUUUAGAUUUCUCGCCGGCGCCGCUCUCCCGGCAGAGCGCGCCACUCUUUCGUCGAGGUAGGACGUGUGCCCGAGGCGGACCGAGCGAGGCCAGCGGGAGCCGAGCCAAGCCCAGGCCAGCGGCUCGCAGCGGCCCCGCGACCCGGGCAUCCUCUGCCUUCUCCUCGCGCCCAGCCGGAAUCGCGCUCCUCGCGCGUGCUGCAAAGGAGGAGAUGACCUUCCAGAUCCCGUGGAAGCAUGCUGCCAAGCAUGGCUGGGACAUCAACAAGGAUGCCUGUCUGUUCCGGAGCUGGGCCAUUCACACAGGCCGAUACAAAGCAGGGGAAAAGGAGCCGGACCCCAAGACAUGGAAGGCCAACUUCCGGUGUGCCAUGAACUCCCUGCCGGACAUUGAGGAGGUGAAGGACCAGAGCAGGAAUAAGGGCAGUUCUGCUGUGCGUGUGUACCGGAUGCUCCCUCCCCUCACCAAGAACCAGAGGAAAGAGAGAAAGUCCAAGUCCAGCCGAGAUGCCAAAGGCAAGGCCAAGAGGAAGUCGAGUGGGGAUUCCAGCCCUGAUACCUUCUCUGAUGGACUCAGCAGCUCGACCCUGCCUGAUGACCACAGUGGCUACACAGCUCAGGGCUACUUGGGGCAAGACUUGGAGGUGGAGCGUGCCCUCACUCCAGUGUCCCCAUGUGCCGUGAGCAGCACGCUGCCUGACUGGCGCAUCCCAGUGGAAAUUGUGCCAGACAGCACCAGUGACCUGUACAGUUUCCAGGUGUCGCCCAUGCCCUCCACCUCUGAAGCCACAACAGACGAGGAUGAGGAAGGGAAAUUAACUGAGGACAUCAUGAAGCUCUUGGAGCAGUCCGGGUGGCACCCAACAAACGUGGAUGGGAAGGGAUACCUGCUCAAUGAGCCUGGAGUCCAGCCCACCAGUGUUUACGGAGACUUCAGCUGCAAGGAGGAGCCAGAAAUUGACAGCCCAGGGGGGUAUAUUGGGCUGAUAUCUUCAGAUCUGAAGAACAUGGACACCAGCUGGCUGGACAGCUUGCUGCCCCCAGUCAGGCUGCCCUCCAUCCAGGCCAUCCCCUGUGCACCGUAGCUGGGCCCCUGGCCCCCUUUACUCCCCUAGGCGAGCAGGACCCGGCAUCAUGGUGGCUGUGGUGCAGAGAAGCAGGUCUCCUGUGGGCCCCUUGACAUAAAAAGCCUGACCCCAGUGCCAAGUGGGGAUGGAGCCUCCCUCCUUGGGGCAGGGCCUCUCUGGGCCUGGCAGGCAGGGUCUGGGCUCACCUUGUGGUUAGAAAGCUGGCCCUUUCUCUCGGGAAGAUGGGGUUCUGAGACUGGUGUGUCAUGUGGCUCAAACGGGAGUCAGCCUCCAGCUUUUCCUUUUGAGCCCUGCUGCCUGGAGAGGGUCUCACUGUUGCUGAGCUGGCCGGAAGGAACAGACCGGUGACCUCAGAAAAGCACAGCACCAAUGCCAGGGCUGGCUCUGCACUAAGAGAUGAUUGCACUAAGUGAUUCCUGUUCCCAAAGAACUGCCUCCCUUCCCAGAUGAGCCCUGGGGACUAUUCCCAAGCCAAUGAAAUGUGAAGGAAAAAUGGGGUCCUGCAGGAACUGCUCCCUCAGCCUCAGAGGGGCUCUGCCCUGCUUAGCUCCCUGCUCGGGCCAGGGCGCGUGGGAAAAAAUAUGGCACUUUUUCUUGUGGACCUCGGCACAUUCCCGCUCAGAGGUGUACACUAACGUUUCCCCCAAGCUCUUGGCCUUCACAUUUAUUUAUGCAGUGCCUUGCCCUGCGCCCACCUGCCCCCUCAGCAGGCCCAAGGAGGGACGUGAGUGCCUUGGUGUGACUUAAAAUCAGACAAGCCAUCCAAUCACUAAGUCAUGUGUGAUCACAUAUGUACAUGUGUGUAAAUAUGUACAUUUGUCUUUUUAUAUAAUGUUAAUUGUUUAUAAGGAGUUUGACUUUUAUUUAGAGGUAAGUUGUAGGUGAUUAUACUUUAUUUUGAAGACA